GAGGAAGCAGCCUACAGUCGUUUAUCGAUAACACAAUAACAAUCCAUCCCAAGUCGCUCUGAUUUGUUAAAAUGUAACUUAAUUUCGUGGCCAUGGAUCUACCUCAACAAGUACUUCGCUCCCGCUCCACGACCAUCUAGGGAAUACCCUCCCAUCCGUUGCUAGCGAAAAACCUGCAUGCAACAUUUCACUACCGCUGACGGAGCAAUUAUGGAUACAUGAAACGAUUCACGAAGUAACGCGAAGCCAACAUGUCAACGAACCCCAGCCCCGGAACCAGUAUGCACCCCCAACACAAUGAGCGGGAUCGGGAAGUCAGGACAACGAGCUCCUCCUCGCAACGCAACCUGCUCGAGUUCCUGUGCAUCUGCGUGGCCUGCAUAGCCUGCUACUACAACAGCACUCAGUGCGGCUUAGUCUUCGAUGACAUUAGUGCGAUAAGGGAUAACAAGGACUUGCGACCCCACACACCGCUGCGCAACGUCUUUCUCAACGACUUUUGGGGCACGCCGAUGCGCAAGGAGCAGUCCCACAAAUCCUAUCGGCCGCUCACCGUGCUGACGUUCCGGUUCAACUACUUGCUGCAUGCGCUGGAGCCGUUUGGCUACCACUUCGUUAACCUGCUGCUGCACUUAUCGGUCUGCCUGCUGUGGCGUCGGGUUUGCCGGCUCCUGCUGCGCCAAUGUGCAUCGCGGGGCAGUAAUGCGACCUCGGCUGCAUCUGCCUCGCUCAACACAUGCGCCUUCGUGGCCUCGCUGCUCUUCGCCACUCACCCGGUGCACACGGAGGCCGUUACUGGCGUCGUUGGUCGCGCUGAAUUGCUCUCUUCCAUCUGCUUUCUGGCCGCCUUUCUCAGCUAUGCAAAGUCCGUUGGCGAUUCGGGUUCGGGCAGUUCGCCUCGCACCCAUUGGCUAACACUGUUUUCCUGCUUUGGCAGUUGCCUGCUAGCCUCCAUGCUGUGCAAGGAGCAGGGCAUCACCAUUGCCGGGAUAUGUGUGGUCUACGAGCUGUUCGUCGUGCAGCAGCUUCGGUCGCUACAUCUUUGCCACUUGGUGCUACGUCUCUUCGAGGAGCAGCAGCCCGAGCAACAGUCGCCCAAGCUGUCGAAGUCAUCUGGCAUCCGGCGGUGGUCUUCCUCAGCGUUGUGGAAACGCUUGUGCUUCCUGACUGGCAUAACGCUGGCUCUAUUGGCGGGUCGGGUCUAUGUGAUGGGCUCCCAGCUGCCUAUUUUCACGCGCUUUGACAAUCCGGCCUCUGCGGCAGAGACGCCCGAGCGGCAACUAACUUACGGCUACCUCAUUUACCUGAACUGCUGGUUACUACUCUGCCCCGCGCAGCUCUGCUGCGACUGGACCAUGGGCACUGUCCCACUGCUGGAGGGAUUUGGGGAUGCACGCAACGUGACCACACUGCUAACUUUUGCGGCACUGGCAGCUUUGGUUCUCAAGGCCUGCUUCUCAAGAAAUCUGGCCCAAUCACGAACCCUGAUUAUGUGUCUUGGCUGGAUGGUGUUGCCAUUCCUUCCUGCAUCAAAUUUGUUUUUCCCAGUUGGCUUUGUGGUGGCCGAACGCAUUUUGUACAUGCCAUCGAUGGGCUACUGCCUGCUAGUGGCCUACGGCUUUGAGCAGUUGCAGAGACGCGUCGGAGGGCGGCGAUUGGGGCAGGUUGCUCUGGCCGUCCUCUUGCUCUCUCAUGCACUGAAGACACAUCAACGCAAUUGGGAUUGGCGCACGGAGUACUCGCUGUUCAUGUCUGGCGUGCAUGUGAAUCAGCGCAACGCCAAGUUGUACAACAACGUGGGACAUGCUCUGGAGAACGAUGGCAGAUUCGAGGAGGCAUUGCUGUACUUCCAGCAGGCCGUGCGCAUACAAACGGAUGAUAUAGGGGCCCACAUAAAUGUGGGGCGGACCCUUAACCAUCUGAAGAGGUAUGCGGAGGCCGAGCAGGCCUAUGUACAUGCCAAGGCUCUGUUUCCCCAGGCAAAGCCUGGCGUUAGUUACCAUGCGCGCAUAGCUCCCAAUCACCUGAACGUGUUCAUCAACCUGGCGAAUCUCAUAGCCAAGAAUCAAACUCGAUUAGAGGAGGCUGACCACCUGUAUCGGCAGGCAAUUAGCAUGCGAAGCGACUAUGUCCAGGCCUAUAUAAACCGUGGCGACAUCCUGAUGAAGCUGAACCGCACGGCCCAGGCUCAGGAGGUCUAUGAGCAGGCCUUGCUUUACGACAGCGAGAAUGCGGACAUCUAUUACAACCUGGGUGUAGUCUUUUUGGAGCAGGGCAAGAGCCAGCAGGCCCAGGUAUACUUCAACAAAGCCAUCGAACUCUAUCCUGAGCACGAGCAGGCGCUGCUCAACUCAGCCAUUCUGCUGCAGGAACUGGGCGGAGAGGAGGCCCGCCAGCUGUCACGGUCUCGCCUAUACAAAGUUUUGGCCAAGGACGACAAGAACGAGAAGGUAUACUUUAACCUGGGCAUGCUAGCCAUGGACGAGUCGAGCUUUGAUGAAGCCGAGCAGUUUUUCAAGCGGGCUAUCCAUUUAAAGUCGGACUUUCGCAGCGCUCUGUUUAAUCUGGCGUUGCUGCUGGCGGACACCAAGAGGCCCCUUGAUGCGGUGCCGUUCCUCAACCAACUGAUCCGCCAUCAUGCCUCACAUGUAAAGGGAUUGAUCCUGUUGGGCGACAUCUACAUCAACCACAUGAAGGAUCUGGACGCAGCAGAGACGUGCUAUCGUAGUAUCCUUCGAUACGAUCCGCACAACACCCAGGGCCUGCACAAUCUGUGCGUGGUCUUCGUGGAGCGCAAGAGGCUGGCUAAGGCGGCGGCCUGCCUGCAGUAUGCACAGCGCCUGGCCCCAGCCGAGGACUAUAUUGGACGGCACCUGCAAAUAGUCCACGCUCGACUGCAGAAAAUCAACAAGUUACCUGAUACGGCGCCAGAGCGACAGCUCGCGUACGAGGACUAUGAUCCGCUUGAGUUCAAGCUGCCCCAGGAGAGGCCCACGCAUAAGCCGCGUAAGCGAUCGUAGCAAAAGUUGGCAUUGGCCUGAAUCGAAUAGGCGUGUAUAAAGACAUAAUUUGAGUGUUUAUGGAAAGAAAUUUCCGAAUUCUGUGAAUAGUGCAGAGUCUGACUAUGAUAACACACAAAAAACCGUGGGGAGUGCUCCACCCAAUGUAAUUUCAUUGUACUUAUUAGUUAUUAUAGUAAUUCUAAGAUAUACAACUUAUUUUGAAAAAUGUUUAUACAAAUUUAUUUGUAUGGUAAAGCUAAAAGAAACGAAGACAACUUAUUAAUUUGUUGUAAACUGAAAAUAUCAA